AAUUGUGUUUUGAUCACCAAUAAUAUGUUUUCCUACGAGAUGUUCAUCUGCGUCCUGGCCAUCGCCUGUCUCCUGGAGAUCCCCCGAGGCACCGCGGCCGCGUCCUGCGAGCCUAUCCGCAUCCCCAUGUGCAGGUCCAUGCCGUGGAACAUGACCAAGAUGCCCAACCACCUCCAUCACAGCACGCAGGCCAACGCCGUGCUCGCCAUCGAGCAGUUCGAGGGGCUCCUGGGCACACAGUGCAGCCCGGACCUGCUGUUCUUCCUGUGCGCCAUGUACGCGCCCAUAUGCACCAUCGACUUCCAGCACGACCCCAUCAAGCCCUGCAAGUCCGACCGAGGAGUCUGCAUCUCACCUGAGGCGAUAGUCAAGGCGGAGGGGCCAGAUAAUCCUUACAAUCAAGACCCUUCAAAAUGUAACCCUGAAGGAAAUCCAGACUUCCCAAUGGAUUCACAUAAUGGCAAUUGCGACGGAGCUAAUGAUCGGUGCAAAUGCAAGUCUGUGAGACUUGGUAGAAAGACAUAUUCAAAGAACAAUUACAAUUAUGUCAUCCGGGCAAGAGUGAAAGAGAUCAAGACUAGAAAUCAUGACCUGAGCGCCAUCGUGGAGGUCAAAGACGUCUUGAAGUCUUCUCUGGUCAACAUCCCUCGAGACACCGUCACUCUUUAUUAUAAUUCUGGGUGUCUGUGUCCUCCGCUAGCAGCCAAUGAGGAAUAUAUCAUCAUGGGUUAUGAAAACGAGGAAAGGUCCAGACUGCUGCUCAUUGACGGAUCCAUUGCACAGAAGUGGAAAGACAAAAUGGGACGGAAAGUGAAGCAAUGGGACCAGCUUUUGCGUCUGGAGAGAAGAGCAAACUCAGGCAAGAGCAACACGAGACGGAGCCGCCACUAACUGUCCUUAGAAAAACCACAAGGACAAGCCCAAGCAGGAGAAGAGAAGAGAAGAGAAGAAUUGCACUAUUGUACUUUUUUGUUUUGUUUUUCAUUUUUGGCUGAGACUGUUUUUUAGUUGUUGCUUUGUUUUAUUGUCGUUAUAUUCUCAUAAACCAAAUGUUGCCUUUGCACAAACAAAAUGCUGGUUUGACAUUGCUGUGUAUACUUGUUGGGAAAGGGUGGUGAGUGUCGGACAGCGUUUGUCCAUCAAAGUGAGAAGGAAUGAACGGGAGGGAGGAGUAUUUUUCUAGCGGCGAUGAGAUGGAGAGUCACGGAGAUGCCAGUGUGCUUUGACAUGACGCAGUGCUCCAUUGAGCUCUCUGCGUACAAAUUCAACAAACACGCUCUCAUCACAGACUGAAUUUCCCCCUCGGGAGGUUUAAACGUUCUUCUGAAGAACAAUGAACAGCGUGGGGAGAGAGAGAGAAUCCUUUGGCAGAAGCACAGGGAUGUCGAGAUGAUCCGAGACUAGGAGUGUGUAACAUUAUUGUGGAUGACGAAAACAAGCUGUUGGGCUUUCUAAAUGGUGUUCAUUUAAAAAAGAAAAAAGCUUUUUACAUGAUAAUUUCCGUAGUUCUGUUCUCUUGUAGAUAUGCUUGAUCUUAAAUGUCAUUCCUAGGAAGAAGUUGCAUUUGCAAGUGUCAUGCAAUUGAACCGGCUAUUAUUGUACAAACUGUACAUAAUGCUUCAGAAUCCACCGUGAGACCAUUAUCAGCCUAUAACUCGGUUUACAUCUAGCUGAUGUUUGUGUGCAUUGCUAAUGACAUCAAUUUCACAAAUAGACAUUUUGUCUUCCAAGACAAACAAGAAUAUUUCAUUGUAC